UGAGUGAGUGGCCUCACCCGGAGCGGCUCGCCACUUUUGGGUUGCAGCUUCGAAAAAGAAGCUCCUGUAUAGUGUUGGGAAUACCGGUGUCCUGUCUGGGGCUCGGUGCUGACAGGAAAGGGACAGUGCUGUAGGCUCAUUACUUGUGGAAGUUGGCCUUGCGAAUGCGGAGGGGUGUCGGCACCGUUACUUUGGUUCCGGGAGCGGCGGGUGCCAGUUGUGUUUCUCCUUUCCGAAUUUUUGAGUGUGCACCCUGGAGUCCCUAUCCUCGGGUAAAAUCGGCACCAUCACUUUGGGAUAGGGAGCCUAGAGUGGCGUGUGUUACUAGUAGUGUUCCUCCGCUCUGGACGUGUGCGUGUGCGCUUGUGCGGCCGCGGGGUGGGCUCACCUGCCGCCUGGUAAUGCUCCUACCCCUUGGCCCCUCCCGGGCCUCAGUACUCGUGUGACACGGACGGCUGAGAAUCGCGCGGCUACAGCUGCUGCAGUUCCUUGGCAGAGAAUGAGGCUCUUUUGAGGUUUCCCUGAUAGUGAGGCUUUACCUCUGGAGGUGUCUUAGGAAAAGACCACUGUUAAAGAUGUCCUAUUCUAGCUUGAGAGCCCUGUGAGGAAGACUAAUCCCUCUCUUGAGGUUGGUGUGAUUCUAAAUUGUUUUGUCUAUUGUGAGAGCUCUGAUGUUCUAUGAUCCCUUUUUCUUUUCUCUGUUCUGCGUUUUCUAAGAGAGGCACCGAGAGGAAAAGAAUAUCGCACUUCUGAAAGUCUUGUGUGAAGUUCCUGUUUUGUUUCUAACCUCACAUUUAUUUCUUUCCGAAACAUUUUUUACCUUCAGCAACGUCUUCCUAACGAAGAACCAGCCAUUCCAGUGACUGGUCCUUAGGCACCCCAUAAAUGAUACUCUGGUGGGUCAAUCAGUCUAGCUCUACUCCCCAGCCACACUACACCUCUCUUUUCCACCUAAUGGUCUAAGGUUUUGAUGCAAAAUAACUAUUUUUCUGGAGAGAAAUUUGAAGACUUUUAAAAUUUUAACUAUUGUGGAUGUUUUCAAGCAGGAUAGAGAAUACUACAAACCCUAACAUGUCCAACACCUACCUGUAAUUAAAAACAUUUGUAAAUACCUUUGUAUCAAUUUUUCACCCUAUUUUCCUGUCGUAUUUCAAAAUCGUAUUUUAUCCUCCUAUACAUAUAUGACCAAAAAAGACAUUAUAUUUUAAAUUAACCACGAUGCUGUUAUACCAACAUAAAAAAAAAUAACUAUCAGGGCCAGGUGUCGUGGCUCACACCUGUAAUCUCAGCACUUUGGGAAGCCGAGGCUGGUGGAUCACAAGGUCAGGAGUUCUAGAGCAGCCUGGCCAACAUGAUGAAACCCCAUCUCUACUGAAAAUACAAAAUUUAGCUGGGUGUGGUGGUGGGUGCCUGUAAUCCCAGCUACUUGGGAGACUGAGGCAGGAGAAUUGCUUGAACCCAGGAGGCGGAGGUUGCAGUGAGCCAAGAUCACGCCAUUGCACUCCAGCCUGGGCAACAGAGCAAGACUCCCAUCUCAAAAACAAACAAACAAAAUUAACAAAAAGUUUGUUUCUUAUGUUGAUAUAAUAGCAUGGUGGUUAGUUCAUAAUAUGAAAUAAAAAAAUUUUGAAUAUGGGUACACCCCCAUAUUCAAAUUUUCUCAAUUCUUUCAAAGACAUAUUUUUACAGUAGAUUUGUUCAAAUCUGGAUCAAGAUAGAGUUCACACAUUGCACUUGGUGGCCAAAACUCUUAAACUUCUUUAAUCCAUGACAGUUUCCCUCCUGUGUUUUGUUUUGGUUUGUUUUAAUUGAUGCUGCUGAUUUGUAGAAAAACUAGAUCAUUUGUCCUGUAAAAUAUUCUGUAUUCUGCUUUUAGCUAAUUGCUUCCUUGUACUGUCAUAUAAUUUUUUUCCCAUUCCUUCAUAUUUCCGUAAACAGGCAGUUAGAUUUAGAGGCUUGAUCAGAUUCAGAUCAGAUUUUCCCUAAAUCACCUUUUUAGGGAAAAGUAAUUCAUAGUUGGCACUGUGCACUUCCUAUUACAUCAUGAGGCCCUUACGGUCUGGUGUCCCACUUUCAGUGAUGUCAUAUUGAUGUGUUUAAAUGUUGUUCAUUUAAUUCUUUCUUUUUUUGCACCUAAUUAGCAUGCAUUCUCAGUGAGGGUGGAGGAUAUCUCAAACUUGUUUUUGACAAGGAAGAGGACAAAAACUCACAGCACUGGCUUCUGUGGACUUCACACACCUCCAGGAAAGGAACCCAGAAAACUGAUCGGUUCUGACAGUUCUAAAAAACCAUGCCCCAUUUGUUGGUGACUUUCAGGGAUGUGGCCAUUGACUUCUCUCAGGAGGAAUGGGAAUGCCUGGACCCUGCUCAGAGGGACUUGUACAGGGAUGUGAUGCUGGAGAACUACAGCAACCUGAUCUCAUUGGAUUUGGAAUCCAGUCAUGAGAUUAAUGAGUUAUCUCCAGAAAAGGAAAUUUACGAAAUGGAAUCACUCCAGUGGGAGAAUAUGGGGAAGUUUAUCAACCAUCACCUUCAAUGCAAUGGUCUUGGAGACAAUAUGGAGUACAAAGACAACUUAGGGGGUCAAGAAGCAAGUCAGGAAGGACUUUACAUGUAUGUCAAAAUUACCUGUGAAGAAAAGGCCACUGAAAGCCAUUCAACCUCUUCUACUUCUCACCAGAUAAUUCCUACCAAGGAAAAAUUGUACAAAUGUAAGGAAUGUAGACAAGAUUUUUGCUACCUGUCAUGCCUUAUUCAACAUGAGAAAAAUCAUAAUAUAGAAAAAUGUUCUAAAGUCAGGAAGAAUAGGAAUACCUGCAGCAAAAAGCCAAGCUAUAGUCAACAUCAGAUAAUUCAGACUGCUGAGAAACCUUAUGAGUGUAUGGAAUGUGGAAAGGCCUUUGGUCGUAGUUCCGAUCUCAUUCAACAUCAGAAAAUUCAUACUAAUGAAAAACCUUAUCAGUGUGAAGCAUGUGGGAAAGCUUUUAUUCGUGGUUCACAGCUCACUGAACAUCAGAGAGUUCAUACAGGAGAAAAACCAUAUAAAUGUAAGAAAUGUGGAAAAGCCUUUAGUUACUGUUCACAAUAUACGCUUCAUCAGAGAGUUCAUAGUGGUGAAAAACCUUAUGAAUGUAAGGAAUGUGGGAAGGCCUUUAUUCUUGGCUCUCAACUUACUUACCAUCAAAGAAUUCAUAGUGGUGAGAAACCCUAUGAGUGUAAGGAAUGUGGAAAGUCCUUUAUUCUUGGUUCACACCUUACAUAUCAUCAGAGAGUUCAUACUGGUGAAAAGCCUUAUAUAUGUAAAGAAUGUGGGAAAGCCUUUUUAUGUGCCUCCCAACUGAAUGAACAUCAGAGAAUUCAUACAGGUGAGAAGCCCUAUGAAUGUAAAGAAUGCGGAAAGGCCUUUUUUCGUGGCUCACAACUUACUUACCACCUGAGAGUUCAUUCAGGUGAGAGACCCUAUAAGUGCGAAGAAUGUGGGAAAGCUUUUAUUUCUAAUUCUAAUCUUACUCAACAUCAAAGAAUUCAUACUGGAGAGAAGCCCUACAAGUGUAAGGAAUGUGGAAAGGCCUUUAUAUGUGGCAAACAACUUAGUGAACAUCAGAGAAUUCAUACAGGUGAGAAACCCUUUGAAUGUAAGGAAUGUGGAAAGGCUUUUAUUCGUGUUGCAUAUCUUACUCAACAUGAGAAAAUUCAUGGUGAGAAACAUUAUGAAUGUAAGGAAUGUGGGAAGACCUUUGUUCGUACUACACAACUUACAUAUCAUCAAAGAAUUCAUACAGGUGAAAAGCCCUACAAAUGUAAGGAAUGUAACAAAGCCUUUAUUUAUGGCUCACAGCUUAGUGAACAUCAGAGAAUUCAUAGAGGUGAAAAACCUUAUGAAUGUAAACAGUGUGGGAAGGCAUUUAUUCGUGGUUCACACCUUACUGAACAUCUGAGAACUCAUACUGGAGAGAAACCCUAUGAAUGUAAGGAAUGUGGGAAGGCCUUUAGUCGUGGUUCAGAACUUACUCUGCAUCAAAGGAUCCAUUCUGGUGAGAAACCCUAUACAUGUGUCCAGUGUGGCAAAGACUUCGGACGUCCUUCACAACUUACUCAACAUAUAAAGCUUCAUAAUUGAGAAAGCCUUGAAAGUGAUUAAAUAUAAGCAGGUCUUCAUCAUCUACAUCAUAUCUAUAUGAAUGUAGGACAUCCUUUUGCUUCUUCUCAGAAUUGACUCAUUCUUUUUUUUUUCUUUUCUUUUUAGUUUUUUUUUUUGAGACGGAGUUUUUUGCUCUUAUUACCCAGGCUGGAGUGCAAUGGCGCGAUCUCGGCUCACUGCAACCUCCGCCUCCUGAGUUCAGGCAAUUCUCCUGCCUCAGCCUCCCGAGAAGCUGGGAUUACAGGCACACACCACCAUGCCCAGCUAAUUUUUAAAAAUAUUUUUAGUAGAGACAGGGUUUCACCAUGUUGACCAGGAUGGUCUCGACUCUUGACCUCGUGAUCCACCAGCCUCGGCCUCCCAAAGUGCUGGGAAUACAGGCUUGAGCCACCGUGCCCGGCCAGAAUUGACUCAUUCUUAGAAGGCUUAUGUUAACCUGGAUGCAGAAUGACUUCAGAAACCGCUUAGAUAAUUUACAUCUGUAUAACCCUAGAAUAUAAAGCUGAAUUAUAUCCUUUAUCAAGCAUCAUCUCCAUUUCACUAUAUCCUAACUGAAAUCAGAUACAUUUCUUAAUUUGUGUUUUUUCUAUUUGUAAAAUACUGUAAUUAUAUUAUAAUGAUGAAAUUAUAAAUAAAUAUAUAUAAUUCCCUUUGGGUAGUAUCUCAUAUUUAUUAUUAAAAUGAUUACCAUUAUCAUUACAUACUGUUAGAGAACUCAAAUGGUGGGAAUAUUUUAUGAGUACAAUAAAAGGAUUCAAGCAUUCUCUUAUCAUGUAUCCUUUUUGGAACAACAGUUUACUUUAGAACAAGACCUUUAGAGUGUAGUAAAGGUAUGAAGGACUUCAGAGCACAUCAGUUUUGCAGCAUCAGAUAAUCCAUACCAGAAAGAAACUUGCAGAAAUUGCUUUAGGGCUGUUGAUGUUUUUUGUUGUUUUGUUUCUUAAGAAAGUGAAGGAGAGAUUAUUUUUCUACAACAAAUUCUGAAAGCAAAAGUUUUUGACCCACAUUUUCUUGUUACUUUAAGGGAAAAAGAAUUUAUCAACAAAAUGAUGGUCAAGGUAGUUAUAUAUAUAUAAAAUAUUAAUAUAUACUACAUAAUAUAUACAUGUAUAUAUGUAUGUGUGUUUGUGUGUGUAUAUAAAAUAUGUAUGCCUUAAAUGGAAAUAAAAACAAAAUUUACUAACUACAGUUUUUCCUCAUUUGAAUCUAACCCAUUUCUGAUACACUGAAUUGUAAAUUUUUAGAGACCCAGAUCUCAGAGCCUAUAUGUCAUUUCUUUAUUCUUUGUAUUUGUGUGUGACAGUGUCUCACUCUCCUUGUUCAGGCUAGAGUACAGUAGCACAUGUGGUGUUCGCGCCAAGGGCUCGAGACAGCUAGUUGACUCGCCCCAGUUUGGCUGCUGGACCUGUACUGCAUUUCCCCACCUUGAGGGCUGUCGAGUGAGACAGGGCCGUGAGCUGACUCACUAAAAGCAACAACAGGAUGCAAAGCAAAGGCCUGCAGUUUAUGAGGACAUUGUGCUGUCUGCUUCCAUGUCCCCCUUCAGUCUCUGUGUAAGCAAUAAACUUGCUGCAAUUGAGAUGCAUAAGAGGAGCAGAGACCUCUGCCCAUAUUUUCCCUGGAGCCAAGCCUUUGUUUUAGCUCCUGGUGAAAAACAGGUUUAACCAGCCACCUUAAGGGCGCCAUUGUAUCUUUGAAAUGUAAACUACUACCACUAGCCCCCUUAAACUGCCUUCUGUGCGGAUAUCACAAGCCCCUGAUAACUAUUUUUUAUGGAGUUUCUGUUUCCUUUCUGUCUACCCCUUUCUUUCUUUCUGCUGAGAUAAGGUAAAUGUAAACAAGAAAAAAGGUAUAAAAGCUGUAACCCACAAAAAUAAAUUUGCUGCGUUUUGGCCAUAAUCUUCACGCAGCCCUCCAGACUCUA